AUGACAACUGAUAAAAAAUCAAAAUCAAAAUCAAGUGAAAAAUCAACACAAGAAGUUGAACAAGUUAUUAAACCAGAAAAAACCCCAAUUUUAGAUACUAGUAAAUGGCCAUUAUUAUUAAAAAAUUAUGAUCAAUUAUCAGUUAGAACUGGUCAUUAUACACCAAUUCCAAAUGGUCAUUCACCAUUAAAGAGACCAAUCAAAGAGUAUGUUAAAUAUGGUAUUAUCAAUUUGGAUAAACCAUCAAAUCCAUCAUCACAUGAAGUUGUAGCAUGGAUUCGUACCAUUCUUCGUGUAACCAAAACUGGUCACUCUGGUACAUUGGAUCCAAAGGUUACUGGUUGUUUAAUCGUUUGUAUUGAACGUGCAACUCGUUUGGUUAAAUCACAACAAGGUGCAGGUAAAGAGUACAUUGGUAUCGUUCGUUUACAUGGUGCCAUCGAAGGUACCACUGAACUCUCAAAGGCUGUAGACACCUUGACCGGUGCUCUCUUCCAAAGACCACCACAAAAAUCUGCCGUCAAAAAGAGAUUAAGAGUUCGUACCAUUCAUAACUCCAAAUUAUUAGAAUUUGACCCAGAACGUAAUUUAGGUUUAAUUUGGGUCGAUUGUGAAGCCGGUACCUAUAUUCGUACCCUUUGCGUUCACAUUGGUCUCUUGAUGGGUGUCGGUGGUCAUAUGCAAGAACUUCGUAGAGUCCGUUCCGGUAUCAUGUCUGAAAAGAAGGGUCAAGUCACCAUGCAUGACGUCAAAGACGCUCAAUACGAAUAUGACAAUAGCAAAGACGAAUCUUACUUACGUCGUGUCAUUCAACCAUUGGAAGCAAUUCUCACCAAUUACAAGAGAAUCGUCGUUAAAGACUCUGCAAUCAAUGCCAUCUGUUAUGGUGCUAAACUCAUGAUUCCAGGUCUCUUACGUUAUGAACAAGACAUUGAAUCAAACGAAGAAGUCGUUCUUAUCACCACCAAAGGUGAAGCCAUCGCUAUUGGUAUCGCUCAAAUGACCACCGCUUCAAUGGCCACUUGUGAUCAUGGUGUCGUUGCCACAAUCAAAAGAGUUAUCAUGGAUAGAGAUGUCUAUCCAGUUAGAUGGGGUCUUGGUCCAAAAGCAAAGGUCAAGAAGGAAAUGAUCAAAGAUGGUAAAUUAGACAAAUUUGGUAAACCAAAUGAAAAAACUCCAUCAGAUUGGACCAACACUUACACCUAUUACACUGGUCAAGUUGCCACUACCACCACCACCUCCCCAGUCGAAUCAAUGAAUGUUGAUACUCCAAAGAAAGCAACUGCCUCUGUCGCCGUUAAAGCUGAAGUUGAAUCAUCUGAAGAUGAAAAACCAGUCCCAAAGAAAGAAAAGAAAGAUAAAAAAGAAAAGAAGAAAGACUCAUCCGAUGACGAAUCUGAAGAAGAGAAAUCCUCAAAGAAAGACAAAAAAGAAAAGAAAGAAAAGAAAGAAAAGAAAGAAAAGAAAUCCUCAAAAGAUGACUCUGAUGAUGAAUCAUCCAAAAAAGAAAAGAAAGACAAAAAGAGAAAGAAAUCUUCCGAUAAAGAUUCAGACAGCGAAAAAGAAUCUUCUGAUAAAAAAGAUAAAAAAGAUAAAAAAGAAAAAAAGAAAUCAAAGAAUUAA